AUGGAUCUCCCACAACAUGUCUACAAUACGGACGUUCUCACAGACCAGCAGCUCUGCAAUGAGGAGAGCAUCUCCAGUUUGGACCAGGAGGAAACGGUUCCUCUGCCGAUUAAAGAGGAACACGAGGAACACUGCUUCACUGAGAAUGAAGAGCAGCUUUUACUGAAGCAGGAAACUGACACCUUCAUGGUGCCUUGCACUAAUGAGGAAAGUAAUGAUAAUGAACCCAAAAUACGUUCUGACCAGUUCAUCUGUCACAGCUCUCCUGGAUCUAAGAAUCAUUACCAGGAAGUAGACAACCGUGUGGACACCAGCACAAAGCUGAAGCCAAAGAAGAGACAACACAGAAACAAAGACCACUAUGCAUGCAAGGAGGACAUUUUCGAUGGCAAAUGGCUCUUUAACCUGGAGAAUAAAUCUGGUCUGAACCAGCAGGACCUAGGCCUUCUACAAAUAAAAGAGGAAGAGGAGGAACUCUUCACAAAUCAGGAGGGAGAGCAGCUUGUGCUGGAGGGAGAGCAGCUUGUGCUGGAGGGAGAGCAGCUUGUACUGGAGGGAGAGCAGCUUGUACUGGAGCAGCAAACCAAUCCCUUCAUGAUCUCUUCAGUUUUUGAGGAACAGAGUUCCUGUAAAGAAGAGCCAAACAGCCAGCUCCUUUCUCACGACUCUCUAUGCCAGGGAAGAGCAGAUGAGAAACCAUAUUCUUGUAACACCUGUGGGAAGAGAUUUAAAUACGUGUCAACAUUGAAAGUACACAUGAGCAUUCACACAGGUGAGAAGCCUUUCUCUUGCGACGCAUGUGGGAAAAAAUUCAGGAGAAAGGAUAACUUGUUGGUCCAUAUAAGAACUCACACCGGUGAGAAGCCUUUUGCCUGUAACAUCUGUGGGAAAGCAUUUAGUGACAGAUCAAAUCUGAUAUGUCACAUUAGAUAUCACACAGGUGAGAAGCGACAUUCUUGCGAUACUUGUGGGAAGCGAUUUUAUCAUAAAGGCAAUUUAACGGUGCACAUGGCGACGCAUACAGGUAUAAAACCUUACCACUGCAACACUUGUGGAAAAAGAUUUAUCCGCUUGGAAAAGUUGAAGAGCCACAUAACCAUUCACACGGGUGAAAAGCCAUAUUCUUGUGAAGCAUGUGGGAAAAAUUUCAGAAGACGUGACAAAGUACUGAACCACAUGAGAACCCACACAGGUGAAAAGCCCUAUCCCUGCAAGAUCUGUGGGAAACCGUUUAGGGACGCUUCAAAUUUGAUACGUCAUGUUAGGUUUCACACAGGUGAGAAGCCAUAUUCUUGUGCCACGUGUGGAAAAAGAUUUACACAAAGCGGUAAUUUGACUGCCCACAUGAAAACUCACACACAUAUAAAGCCUUAUCAAUGCAACACAUGUGGGAAAAAAUUUACCUGCUUAUCAAAGUUGCAAAGGCACACAAGAACUCACACAGGUGAGAAGCCGUAUUCUUGUAAAACAUGUGGAAAAGGUUUUGGCCAAAUGAGGGAUUUAACUGUCCACAUAAGGACUCACACAGGUGAUAAGCCCUACUCCUGUGUAACCUGUGGUAAAAGCUUCAGUCAGAACAGUCAUUUGAAUGUCCACAUGAGAACUCACACAGGUGAGAGGCCAUAUUCUUGCAAAACUUGUGGUAAGACUUUCAGUCAAAAUAGUCAUUUGACUGUCCACAUGGGGUCUCACACAAGUGAGAGUUCUUGCAAAACAUUUGGAGAAGUUUUUACUCAAAGUGGUGGGAGUGUUCACUGAAACAUUGAUACAAAUCACAUGGCAAAGAGAAAUUGUAUUCAAAUAAUUAUGUCACGUUAUUAAGAAAUGGUUGGGGAGAGAUGCAUCGUCAAAAACAGGAAAUGUGUCAAGAAGCCAAUAGAAGGGAAGCGGGGAGAAAAUCCUCCACAUCUUAUGGAGCGAUAGGUCCAAAUGUAAAAAAUUCAGCUUGCUAGAGUGCAUGAAGAAGGUCAAGAAGAGACAACGGUGAGUGUUUUACAGCCAUCGUUAAACACAGUGGGGACUCUGUUUUGGUUUGGGGCUGCAUUUCAGCCACUGAUGUUGGCAGUCUUAUCAAAACUGAUGAAAUUAUGAACCUAUUAAAGAAGUGUCUGUGCAUCUGUAAAGCUGUAAAGUGUCAGCAUGACACUGGGCCUCAUUUACUAAUGUUUACGUAGAAUUACUCUGUGUAACGAAAAAAAAAAAUGUUCCCAAGAAAAAUUAUUGUUGGAUUUAUAAAACAUACAACCGGCCUAUUUAGUUUUUACUGCUUAUUUUAAUAAAUCUGAAGUGUUCGGAAUCAACAACCUUGUAGAAUCUCCAUACAGUUUGCAUACUAUCUGCAGACUGACCCGCCCCAAUUUUCUACAUAAGGACACAUUUCCCUCCAGAUGAAGUGGAGAAAGUGGUGAUAAUGUGGUAAAGAGAGACGCCUGCACCUCUAGGCAGGAAAUAAGGAGAAAGUGUGACUGCACAAAAUUAAAUAAUAAUGUCUGAGGUCCAAGGUGGAAGCUUUCCAAAGUGUUUCCACAGGAGUGAUAACUUUUUAAAAAUAAAUAAAAAGCGAUAAUGAGUCUGAAAUGCAGGAGUUCAUUUCCCCUGAAACACUUAUUUUCGCUCAAGUAAGAAAGAAAAUUUGAAAAAGGCGCUAUGACUAACAGACGGAGGACAAGGACCACAUGGAGUAAUCUGUCAGCCUCAUAUGAAAAGCUCAAUGCAAUGAAAACAGAAAAUCCAGAUUCUUCAGCAUCAAGGGUGUAGUACCAAAAACAUAUAUAUUGUAAAUGAUCACAUCCAGCAAUGGUAGAAGUCAUUUUCAGUGGAAAAAUAAGAACAUUUAAGAAACAAUAAAACACAGAUUAAUAGAAUAUUUUUAAAUUAAUAGAUGAGGCUGUGGAUGCUGCCCGCCACUCUGUUGUGGUAAAGACAGGUUUGGUGUUCCCUCAAAUAAGCUGGAGGAGGUAGCAGGAUUGAGGGAGGUCUAGGCGGCUCUCCUUAGGCCUCUGCCCCAUGACCCUGUCCCACAUAAGUGGAAGAAAAUGAGUGGAUGAAGGUUGACUCCCACACCUCUUUGCAUCCAUAUAUUUUUUGUUUGUUUGUUUGCGCUUAUCCGGGGUCGCAGGGGGCAGCAGCUCCCUCUCCCCAGCCACCUCCUCCUAAUCUCUUUAGGAUUCCUGGGUCUGCCCCUCUGCCUCACCAAGGAGGCACCCAGGGGGCAUUCUUGUCAGCUGCCCUUACCACCUGAACUGCCGCCUUUCAAUAUGGAGGUGUAGCAGCUUUACUCUGAGUCCCUCCCAGAUGGCCAGACUCUUCACCCUUUCUCUAAGGGAGAAGCCAGCCACCCUUUGGAGAAAGCUUAUUCCGCCAUCAAAGCUUGUGACCAUAGUUGAGAGUUAGGGACGCAGACCAUUACGAACCGGUACAGCGUCCACAUCACUGCAGCCGCAGCACCAAUCUGUGUGUCGAUCUCAUUUUCCCCUCUCCCCAAGACUUCAAUACUUCUCUCCUUGGAGAGAACAAGUCUGAUUUAUUGCCGGCAAUGUGGACCGCGCAAUUGCAAGUCGUAUAAGGACUGAAUGGCGAAUAGCAACAGGCCAGACACCGCUUAUUCCUGAAGCACCUCCCACACAACACUAAGAAACAGUCAAAUGCCUUCUCCAGGUCCACAAAACACAUGUAGACUGGGCAAACUCCCAUGCACCCUCAAGUAUCCUUGAGAGGAUAAAGAACUGGUCCAAUUUUUCCACUUGGCCCGUUGGUACGAAUCAAUCAAAAAAAUUAAAUCCAAAGUCCCACAGGGUAAUCAAUCCCAAUAGGACUCCUCCUUCUUCUCCCCAGCAUCCUUUGGAAUGCUGUCAAAGUUCUGCCCAAUGUGGGAGUUGAAGAUGUGGCAUUCCCAGCACAACAUCACUAUAUAUUCAUGUGCCCCACAGAUCUCCUCCACCACUUGAUCCAACUCACCAGGUGGUGAUCAGCGCCUCUCUUCACCUGAGUGUCCAGAACAUAUAGCCAAAGAUGGUAAAUGGGCUGGUUCUUAUUAAGCGCUUUUCUACUCUUCCGUGGACUCAAAGC